GUCAAAUUCAGCAUUCCCGAUAGAAAUACAAAUCGAAUAAAAUCAAGAAUAACUGAAUGAAGAAUAGGUUGACUUCUUGUGUUCUUGUGACCGUUAAAAUAUUAUAUCUCUGUAUCUAUCUUUCUUCUCUUUGUUCUUUAGCUAAUGUAGUUGACUUCCGAAGAAACAACAAGAAGGAAUGGAGAUUUUGAGGAGCAUAGCUCUUACAGUACUAUCAGCGAUCACCAUCGUUCUUUCUUUCACAAUCUAUCUCACGAUCAAAAUCUUCACCGGAAAAUCAAGAAACGACAAGAGAUAUGCUCCCGUACAUGCCACGGUCUUUGAUCUUUUCUUCCACAGCCAUGAGUUAUAUGACUACGAGACAAAGAUCGCGAGGACAAAGCCUACUUUCAGGUUCUUGAGUCCGCAACAGAGCGAGAUAUUUACUGCAGAUCCUCGUAACGUGGAGCAUAUUCUCAAGACAAGAUUUGAUAACUAUAGUAAAGGACCAAGUACUAAUGAAAAUCUUGCGGAUCUUUUGGGACAUGGGAUAUUUGCUGUUGAUGGUGAGAAAUGGAAACAACAGAGGAAGCUUGCGAGCUCUGAGUUCUCUACUAGGGUAAGAGACUUUAGCUGCUCUGUUUUUAGGAGAAAUGCGUCAAAGCUUGUAGGUUUUCUCACGGAGUUUGCUCUCUCUGGAGAAGCUUUUGAUGCUCAAGAUAUGUUGAUGAGAUUUACACUGGACUCCAUCUUUAAAGUUGGCUUUGGUGUGGAGUUAAGAUGUUUGGAUGGGUUUAGCAAAGAAGGGGAAGAGUUCAUGAAAGCUUUUGAUGAAGGUAAUGUAGCAACUAGUUCCAGAUUCACCGAUCCACUUUGGAAGCUGAAACGUUUUUUCAACACUGGAUCGCAAUCUAGACUCAAGAAGAGCAUUGCUACUAUAGACAAGUUUGUCUACAGUCUCAUUACCACUAAAAGGAAAGAGCUUGCAAAGGAACAGGACACUGCUGUUAGAGAGGACAUACUAUCGAGAUUUCUUGUGGAGAGUGAGAAAGAUCCGGAGAACAUGAAUGACAAGUACCUGAGAGAUAUAAUUCUAAGCUUCAUGAUUGUUGGGAAGGACACAACCGCUGCAUCUCUCUCAUGGUUCUUGUACAUGCUCUGCAAAAACACACUUUUUCAGGAGAAAAUCGUACAAGAAAUCAGAGAUGUGACAUCGACUCACGAGAAAACAACCGAUAUAAAUGUUUUCACUGAAAGCAUAACUGACGAGGCUCUUGACCAGAUGCACUAUCUCCAUGCAACCUUGUCGGAGACCUUGAGGCUUUACCCUUCUGUGCCUGUGGACAUGAAGUGUGCAGAUAGUGAUGACAUUCUUCCAGAUGGCCACAGAGUGAACAAAGGCGAUAAUAUCUACUACAUAGCCUAUGCAAUGGGUAGGAUGACUUACAUUUGGGGUCAAGAUGCUGAGGAUUUCAAGCCAGAGAGAUGGCUUAAGGACGGCGUGUUCCAACCCGAAUCACCAUUCAAAUUCAUAAGCUUUCAUGCUGGUCCAAGAAUCUGUCUUGGCAAGGAUUUCGCUUACAGGCAAAUGAAGAUAGUAUCAAUAGCCCUUCUUCACUUCUUUCGCUUCAAAAUGGCUGAUGAGGUGUGCAAUGUCCGUUACAAGAGAAUGCUUACACUUCACAUCAAAGGAGGACUUCAUCUCUGUGCAAUCCCAAGGACACACAUUUGAUUUAACCAGAACAGUUGCCAAUAGUGUUUGGUUUCAUAUAACCUUAAAACUGAGUGUCUGUUUCAUGUAACCUCAAAACUUAAUGUGUAAAAAAUUGAGUCAGACAAAGAUGCUCGACAAAGAUGGAAUCAGACAUCCAAAAAUUUCCUUGUGCUAAAUAAGCCUCUUUUAAAGAUAUUUGAAUGACUCAACUAUCAUAUUAGAAUCCGUAGAAAAGGACAUAAUAUCGUAUAAUUUUACAGCCAGCUAGUACAAAAAAAA